AUGCACCUACUUGUUUAUUACGAUGAUGUAAAGUUCCCAUUCCCACCACAGGACGUUGCGGGAAUGCACGCGAGUAAAGAGGAGGUGAUGGAGUUCGUUCAUUACUUGCGCGACCCAGCCAAGUACAAGGCAUUGGGUGCAAAGCUGCCGAAGGGAGCACUUCUGUUGGGGCCUCCUGGAACAGGCAAAACCCUACUUGUAAAGGCGCUUGCCCACGAGGCCGACGUGCCGUUCUUUUCGAUGGCUGGAUCUGAGUUCAUCGAGGUGAUUGGUGGUCUGGGUGCCUCGCGAAUUAGAAAACUUUUUAAGGCUGCCAGACAACAGUCUCCCUCCAUUAUAUUCAUCGACGAAAUAGAUUCGGUCGGUCGCCGACGCUCGGCAGAUGGGUAUGUUUUACAUUAA